GAGAGGCGCCUCGGCCCCGCCGUGCUCGGGGCUGCGCUCGCCCGGGGCUCCCCGCCCGCCGCCGCUCCGCGCCCGGGGCCGCCCGCCCGCCGCCAUGAAGCUCGUCAGGUUUCUAAUGAAGCUGAGCCAUGAGACUGUGACCAUUGAGCUGAAGAAUGGGACGCAGGUGCAUGGAACGAUCACAGGAGUGGAUGUCAGUAUGAACACACAUCUCAAAGCAGUGAAAAUGACACUGAAGAACAGAGAGCCCGUACAGCUGGAGACACUGAGUAUUCGAGGGAACAACAUUCGCUACUUCAUUCUGCCGGACAGUUUGCCUCUGGAUACUUUGCUAGUGGAUGUUGAACCAAAAGUCAAAUCCAAGAAAAGAGAAGCAGUUGCUGGAAGAGGCCGUGGAAGAGGCCGUGGCAGAGGCCGAGGUCGUGGAAGAGGAAGAGGAGGCCCAAGACGAUAACUUCUCAUCAUAUUCUGGGCAAUUUCUGGGCAAUUGUGUUCAAUUACCAUAUUCUAGGCAAUUUCAGGUUUAUUUUGUACAGGUCUUGUUUAUGGUAUCCAUUUUUAAUAAACUGAAAUGUGAAAA